AUGCCCGUCAAGUCCAAUUUAAUGCUUGGUUUUCUCUUCCUUCCGUUUACUCCACGUCACGUUCAAGCUGCCGCUACCGCUUCAGACAUCAAGCCUGCCGUGGAAGCCGUUGCCGCAAUAGCGGCCGCAGGAGCACUGCUUCAAAGUGCAGAGGUUCAGCAGUUGACCGAAAAUGUUGUAAAUCACAUUGUCAACCACGGCACCACAGCAAAAUACGCCUCCUACUUUACCUUCGGUGACAACGCUGUCUCGCCUCCAAUUGAGGCUCAAGCAUACGCAGCUUGCAAAGCUUUCCCUGGCGAUCCAAGUUGGCCAAGAGAUGAAGUAUGGGAUGUUCUUGACCAACUACUUGGAGGUGCUCUGAUCCCGACAAGACCUUUGGGAGCUCCCUGUUACGACUCUAAAUGGGGUGCAAGAGAUGACAUCGAGUGCGGCAAUAUCAUCAAGAACUCUACAAAUGCCAACUUCCUUAGCGCCGACCCCACAGCCAAUUACUGGCCCAUCUUCCAAGGACGCACUUGUAAGCCAAAGAACGACACAACUGGUUCCGAAUGCACUAUCGGAGGCUACCCGGAGUAUGCAAUAAACGUAACAAGCGUUGCUCAAAUUCAGCUUGCGGUCAACUUUGCUCGUGCCGCCAACGUACGCUUGGUGAUCAAGAAUACUGGGCAUUGUUAUCUUGGAAAGUCGCUGGGGGCCGGUUCACUCAGCUUAUGGAUGCACAAUUUGAAGGACAUUGAAUAUUUGCCCGAAUACGAGGGACCCGGAUACUCUGGUCCCGCCAUGAAGCUGGCCGCGGGCGUUAGUGUCAGAGAGGUUUACGAGGUUGCUGAAAAGAACAACAUUACUGUCCUAGGUGCAGUUUCUUGGAGCGUGGGGUACGCUGGCGGCAUGAUCACCGGGGGAGGUCAGAACCCACUUGCCGGCAUCUACGGAAUGGCCGCCGACCACGUUGUCGCUUUUCAGAUCGUGACAGCUGAUGGCCGUUUCCGAACCGUAUCCGAACAGGAGAAUCCCGACAUGUUCUGGGCUCUUCGUGGUGGCGGCGGUGGGACUUUUGGUGUCAUCACAUCAGUCAUCAUCCGCGCACAUCCUCGGAUAAACGUCGUGACGGCAAAGUGGACGCUCGAUACUUCCAACAACAGUGUCGACCAGUUUUGGAAGGGUGUGAGAAGGUUUUACGACGAAUUCCUCAACUGGACUGACGCGGGGCUGUAUUCCUUCUACAUUAUGUGGCCUACACCGCAGCUCAGCAUGAACUACAUGUUUGCUCCUAACCACACUUUGGACUCCUAUAACGAAGUUGUCAGGCCCUUCUUCGACUACCUUGAGGCGAACAACAUCUCGUUAUCAGUAACGCAACAAUCCACGGCACAUACGUCUUUCUACUCGGCUUACCAGGCAACGUGGGGUGCAAAUCAGUUUCCCGUUGGCGUUGACACGUCGCUUCCCGCGAAUCGACUGGUGCCCCGCCGAAACUUUGUCGAGAAAUAUGAGGAUACUUAUGCUCUAAUCAAGUCCCACGUCUCAUCCGGCAAGCACUUUUUGGGCUAUCACAACGCCCCUAGCAACGUGGGUCCAAAUGUCGGAAAUCAGAACAACGCCGUCAACCCCGCCUUCCGCGAGAUGGUCUUUUUCCUGGUGACCUCUUCAAAUCGUACAGCUGAUCACUCAACUACCGCUGCUCUGGCUUCCCAAAACACGUACCUCCAGGAACAGAUUCUCCAACCAUGGCGCGACAUUGCCCCGGUUUCCGAAGGGGGCGGCACGUACCUCAACGAAGCCAGUGUCGAAGAGUCUGACUGGCAGGAGAGCUUUUACGGAGGUAAUUACCCAAGACUUAGUCAGAUCAAGAGAAAAUGGGAUCCCAACGAUGUCUUCUAUGCCGUCACUGCCGUGGGUAGCGAGAGGUGGACUGUGUUGGACGGGGACCAGGGCGUACAGACGCAGAAUGGAAGGCUCUGCCGUGUCACGUCAGCAGAGACUAGACUGUAA